AUGAAACUUGAAAUUCUGAAAAGUGAGGAUCUACAAAAAGUACUCACUAAUGUAUUAAUAAAGAAAGUUGAUGGUAAUAUUUAUAUUACAACUCAUUAUAUAAUAUGGGUACCAAGUACAAUAAAGAAUCAACCAUUUGAUAAUAUCAACUCAAUAAUCUCUUUAAGUUCUGAGGAAACAGAUGAAAUAAUUUUAGAACCAUGGCAAGAGUUAUAUGCUCAUCGCCAUCGGCUAGAGAAAAGAUUGUUAGGUUUAAGAUUUAAGAAGAAUGAGGAGGGAUUUACAGAUAUAAAUAUGGUCUUGAAAGAUAACUUGGAUCUAGAUAUCCUUAUAGAAAGCAUCCAAAAAUAUCAUGAUGCUUCACUUAAAAAAUUAAUUAAUAGUAAUGAAGAAUCUGUUCAGGUAAAUUGUAGUCAAUCAAAUAGAAAUGUAAGUAUGGAAGUAAAUAAUUCUAUUCCAAUUGAAAAAGAAGCAAAACAAGACAUAAAAGUUAGAAAAGAAUUCUUUAUGGAGAAGAAAAAAAAAAUUGAAAAGAAAGAAAGAACUUUACAUGAAAAACUUAAAGGAUUAUUGGAUCUAGAACCAGAUUUACGAAGUGUUUAUACAAACUUAGUUCUAACUGGUCAGGUGUCAUUAGAAUCUUUUAUAGAACAUCAUAUUGAUAAAAUAGAAUUGAAUAAAGAAGAAGAAGUAGGUCCUAAUAAUGUGGAUAGUUUUUUAAAAAAACCUCCAAAAAUGUCACAUACAAAUAGUGGAGGAAUAGAUGUAACAGUUACUGCAGAAGAAUUGAAUGCAAUACUUGAGGAAUUUCCAAUAAUAAAGUACAAAAUGUCAGAAUAUGUUCCCCAUAGACUAACUGAACAAGAAUUCUGGAAUAGAAUAAUCCAAUCACCUUUAUUUUUUGAUAUUUUAGGUCGUAAAUCUGAAGGUAUAUCUAGUGAUAACUUUAAUAUUGGUAAUUUACCAGAAGGUAAAGAUUUACUAUAUGAACUUAAUAAUCUUGAAUCUGGUGGAUUUAAUGAAAUUUUAUCUAGAUAUGUAGAUAAAGAUAUUAAUUUAUUACCAAAUAUAGAUUAUACUAAAUGUGGAUUUGGCACUAGUCUAGGUUCAGCAUCUAUAACACAAAAUUUAGAAGAUACUUCUAAAAAUUUGUUAGAACGAUUUAACCGUCAUGGAGCCCAUAUUUUGGAAUUAACUAUUGGAAUGGAUAAACUAAAAUCUAGUUUAGAUAUAAAUAAUGACAUUGUUGAAUCUCAUAAUGACCAAGUGAUUGAAAAUAAAGAUAUUAAGAAUCAAAUAAGUAAUCUUAAUAUUGAUCCAAAAUCUUUUUUUUCUAUUGGAAUAGAGGGAGAAAAUGAAAUGAAAAAUAUUGUGAAUAAUGUAGAAGAUAAUUUGAAUAUGAAACAAGAUAAGAUAUCAAGUAUUGGAGAUCCCAACUUUUGUACACUCCCAGAGUCUUCAAUAAAUAUAUUUAGUGAUAUUGGUCGUCUAGUACUAAUUGAGUGUACUAAACAGCUUCAACAAGAGCAAGUUAGCCAAUUAUCUAGUUAUCAAAAAAGUACAUUACUUGAAAAUUUUUCAUCUCAACAAUUAAAUACAUUUCAAAAUUCGCAAUACCAAAUCUGUAGUAGUAAUAAAAAUAAUGAAGAUUUCCCAGUUUGGUUUACUCAAAUAAAGAAGGAAUUUUUGGAAGUAAAUGAACUUUUAAGUCACUUUUGGAAAUCCACCUUGACCCCUAAAAGUAUAGAAAAGCGAAGGAGGCUAAUAAAUACUUUAGAUAAUGUUGCUCAAAAUAUCGAAUCUCUAGUACAUGAUAACUCGAAUAUAUCCAUAACUGUAGUAAGUUCUUAUGGACAACCAGCUGGAACUCUUAGGUCUAUGUGUCUUCCAAUUUUAGAAUCUAUUAAGACUGCUAGAAAAUAUUAUUACAAGCUUGAAGAUAUGCUCUCUAAAUUACAAAAUACAAGCAGAUUACAAUAA